AUGAAAAAUUCUGAAGGAGAAAAUGAAUUUGUUCAAUUUAUUUGCAGUGAAAUUGAAAUAUUUUUUAAAAAUGUUGGCAAAAUAUUUUUAAUUGGCGAAUUUACUGACAAUGAAGAUAAUAUCAAGAAUGAAAUUAAAAAUUUUUUCAAAGUCUUAAAAAAGAAAUGGAAAGAAGAAAAUCCAACGAUGAUAAAAAAAGUUGCAAGAAAGGUAAAAGAAUGGGUGAAAGAAAAAAAAGCAAAAUACGAAGAAAAUAAAAAGAACAAAAAAUUGAAGAAAGAAAAAGAAUAUGAAGAUAUUUAUGGAAAAAAGUAAACGAUUGAAAGAUGUGUA